AGACAUCAGUUUACAAUCUUCAUCCAAAGUAUCAAUACCUCAAGUUCUACUUUGGAAACUUCCUUUAAACGUUUCAUACUCCUAGCAAGCAUAUUCUUUUGUUUGCAGCCACUACACCACAGUUUUACCACCGAAAAAUGACUGAUUUUGCCUUUGACAACUACUGUAUCAAUUGUGAAAAGAUGUGUUCGACCAACUCCAUCUACUGUUCCGAAGCUUGUAAAAGAGUGGACGAACUGAACACGCAAAGAAUCAAUUCGACGUUUGUGCCGAUAGAUCACAUUGCUUCUCCUUUGUUAUCUCCCAACUAUAACUACAACUACUCCUAUCAAGGUCAAGAUUCCGAUUACACGUAUAGUUACACGGCUAGUGACGGAUCUGCUUCCGAUAAUUACUACAUCCCUUUGGACUCGAUUGACGAGAUCAACUUGAACUACUCUCUUUCCGAGUCGGCCAACAACAUUGUGUCAACCUCUCACAAUUACAAAAAGUGGUUGACUGGCACUUGUUUAUAAUUACAAGAAAUGUUCAUGAAGUUUACGAUAGUUUGAUACUCUCCGGGUUUGGGUUUAUAGAUAGGUUAAUAGCAAAGCAUAUAACGCAUUAUACAAAGCAUUU